GAUCUGUCAUGGCCUAAAAUACCUCUACGUCGUUUAAAUCAUAACGUCGAUGAUAUUAUCGAACCUCCGUGUAUGGUUACUGUAAUAGGAACUCCUAGAAAAAAUCGCAGUAUAAUGCAAGCUGGUACGUGUCAACACACUAGAUCGAAAUUGAAUCAAAAGUAUGAAAUACCCACGCACAUACCGAAAAGAUUGCCUGGUUCUACAGAUCCACGUUUUAAAAGACCGAUAUCGACGCGACAGAAGGCCGAGAAGUCAGAUGAAUCUUAUUGUGACACAAUGAAGAAUGGCAAACAAAUGGUGGAAAUGAAUAUGCAUGCUUUGCAAGAACUUAAGAAGUCUGAAAAUAGAUUGCAGAGAACGAUUGAAAAUAUGGACAAUUGUUAUAAUACAAAUAAAUUAUUAGAAAGUGUUACGAAGGAAGAAAUGACCAUUAUUGAUUGUCCUAUUAAAAAUGAACAAUUUGUUUCGGAAGCCGAUCAUCGUAAAACAGUAAACUUGCAACGUGUUAUUAAUGAACAAUGCAAUCUCGAAGAUAGAUUUCCUCAAGUACAAAAACAAGCAUUCCAGAACAUAAUGUAAAGACCGACAAUAUUUCCCAUUGUGAAACCUCCG